AUGGCGUAUCCCUUUCGACGAUGGUGUGUACUAUGCCAACUAGGUCCGAUGGUUGCCGAGUAUCCUGUCGAUAUCACGAACGGUCUAUCGAACAUACAGCUGUAUUGCAACAUCGUGAAAAGCAAGACGAUACCAUUGCUUGCGAAUGUCCCGAUGGACAGCUUGUACAAGAACUACUUCUACAAGAAUCGCAUGUUGGUACCAUGUUCUGAAUUGCUUGAUCGCAUCGUGUACGAAUUGAAGGACGAAAAUGGUGACCCGCUAUCGUUCAUUGGGAACGUGUACCUGCUAAUCGGAUUCACCGUUUCAGGAGGAAAUAAUAAAUGA